AUGGUGCUCACCGAAGAGCGAGCACGAGAGAUCGUUUCCGAGAUCUACAAACAGACUGGCGGCCUCUCCAACAUCCCCGCCGAGCUCUCGGAGACCACUGCGAGAUCGCGCAUCAUCGACAACAGAUUUAUCUAUGAGUUUAUUCAGCAUGCCGAAAAUAGUUCUUACUCAGAGGCCACCUCUCAGAGAGAAGAGCCUUUCCUCAUUUUCCGCUUCAACCAAAACCGUAUAACCGUGGACUCCAACAGCGAUGGGCUCGAGGAAAGCGAUAUCCGGGCGAUAUGGAGCGCAGGGAAGAGCCGGAAGAAGGGAAAGACAGAUGAGAAAGGGAAUGUCUUCAGGUCCGCGUUUAGGAUUGCUCAGAAAGUGCAGAUUCAGUCAGGCCAAUUCUGCUUUUCGAUUCGACACCGCGAGGGAGAGCAUGAUCCGGGAAUGGCUACGCCCGUCAACGAACCCCACCAGGCUCUUCCAGACUUCGUGCGGACUCGGUUUACUUUGUCUCAUAUAUAUUCGGACCAGUAUCAGGGAUUCGGAGCUAGGCUGAAUGGCCUUCCACACGCCAUCAUCGCCUUCCUAUCCACAAUUAAAACCGUGCGAUUUUCGUACUUCAGCAGCGCAGAGGGCAUGAUAUCGAAGACGUUCCACCAAUGCCUUGAAGGCUCGAGUCUCAAGUUGACCGUCACUCAGGAUGGUAUUGCGACAGAGCACAACUACAUUACCUUUAGGAAACAAGUGACGGCUAGUGCAGGGGAGGGAAGCCUUCCCAAGGAAGUGGACAUGGUUUUGGCAUUCCCUCUCGAUGAGCAGAAAAUCGAUGAACAACCUUGCGUUUAUGCCGGUCUGCCUCUGCGUAAAGUCGGGUUGAACUUUCUCGUUCAGUCCGAUUUUGAGACCGAGGAUAACAAGCUAGAUUUCGCGGUCUGUCCUUGGAACGACAGUUUGUUGCACCAGCUCCCGAAGGUUUUUUGCCCUGCACUAGAGCGACUCUGCUCUAGAACGGAUGUUGAGCGCUUUUGGCCUCUCUUCCUUCCGAAAGUGGAUGCCAUAGACCCGCAUUGGUGCGUCUUCUUCGAGAGCGUCCAGAAAGAACUGAAGCGCCUUCAUGUCUUCAAAACCGCAAAAGGUGCGCUAAAGUCCCAAGAAAAGGUCCGAUACUUGGCGCCCGAGUGCUGUGAUUGCCAUGGGAAUCCAUUGAUUGAAGACUCUGCGGAGGAUUUCUAUCUUGCUCCUCAGUACGCCGAGUACCACGAGAUUCUCAAGCCGUUCGGUCUCCAGCCCGUCUCCACGCGUCAACUGCUGGACAGACUCUAUCCAUACCUUGAAGGUGUUCGCCCGAGGUAUCUGUACGAUAAACAACUGGACAAUGAUUGGCAUAAUAGGGUGGCAUCUCUUCUGCUGUCGUGGAUGUAUCCUCCAACGGAUCCCGUGGCGAUGGAAGUAGAACAACUCUGUGUUGUUCCGAUAACCAGUGGAACACGGUCAAGUCUCUUACGACUGGAAAGUCCCAAGAAGCUCGAUAUCUACUUUCCGCAUGAUAUCAGCGGGAACCGCAUACCAGACCCUCUGAACUCCGUGCCGAUAGCGAGUGUGGUGGAUGGCCCACGGAAGCAGCUAUUCGCGCAGCUGGGCGUCAAGCAAGCAGGACCAGCCUUCGUGAUUGAACAGAUUUGCGAAUGGAAUACCACGAUCCUCGUUCCCACACUUGACCAAGCAAUACGCAAUCUUCGAUAUAUGUUCUUGGCUGCUACAGAUCAGAAACUGCUUAAUGCUCAAUGCAUCCUUCUUUAUGACGUCGAUGGCAAGCUGCUCGCAAUGCCGCGUCGAGAGUUCAACGAGUGGCUGCGAGACGAAGACGUAUACUUCAAAACCGAGGACAAGUACGGAAUGAGUGCAGUUCUGCAGUACAUCCAAAGUCGCUUUCCGGACCAAGAGCAUCCCCAUAUUCAGUUCUUACACCCUGACUACACCACCCAGUUUCAGCCCGAUGCGGCAUGGGCCAGAUGGUUGGCGGAAGUAGGACCAAUCCGAUACGCCCCAAGGCUACAAACUCAGGGUUCACCCGCGCAGCCGGCCGAAGUACUCCUUUAUAUCGUCGGAUACGCUCCCGAGCUCAUGAUUGAGAUCUUGAAGGAACAUUGGGAAGUGUACAAGGAGGAAUUAGCCAACGCGGCGCCGGAAACUGUGUCCGUGAUUAAACACGCCAGGGUUCCUGUGGAAUGUGGCACCGAGACUCUUGCCGAAAGCUUUUUGGGAACGUCGGAACAGAGGAGUCUAUGGUCUGGCGAGCACUUGACGAACAGGUUUCCCUUCUUGACAAUAUCUUUCGAUUGGAAGUGCGAAGAUCGUUUCGAUUGGGAGUUUCUCAGCCGGUUCGGGGUUGUUACGACAAUCACGUCGAAGUUCCUAAUUGCAAGUGCCAAAGAGCUGUCUCGCGUGCUUCCUAGACAGCAUGCGAAAGAGGGUUUCUUCAAGUUAUACGAGAUACUGGCCGAGGAUGCUUUCGAGGCAUUUUGGGAACAUGCCCCAACUAUCGACCUUGUCUACAUACCCCGGUCGGGUCCAGACGAUCAAUUGGUUCGAAUAGCCGACUGCGCCUGGGACGUGGGCAUACUCGACAACAAACAUGUUUUGGCGUCCCAUGUUGAAUACGCCCUUAACCCAAAGGUCGAGCAACUCUUUAGAAGGGUGCUGAAUAGUGACGGUGCGGACUGGGCGACGUGCCUAUCAAAGCUGUCACGUCUCCAGAAAGAGUUGACAGUGUCUCAAGAGUUUCUAAAUGAGAUCUACAGGAACAUCAUGGAAGGUUCCCAGGACGACCACGGUUGGAGAACCAUUCGAGACCGCUUUGAAACUAGCAAGCUUAUCUAUUCCUCACGCGACACGAUUUGGCGUCCACCGAGUCUCUGCGUAUGGAGUGCCUGUCCAUACAUUGGUGGGAAGCACGGUAUCCGCGACAUCUAUCCGAAUCUGGACCGCCUAUUUGUCGAUGGACUGCAAGUGUCGGCACCAGCUAUUUCCACUUACGUUGAUGAGAUCCGCUCUAUUACCAUGGGAAACAUCAACCGCAACGAGAUGUUGGUGGUUAUCAAGGAGCUCAGCAGCCUUGGACCCACCGCUCAAGACGUUGAGCCGCUCAAAUUUGUCAAAUUUCUACCGGUUCGAAACAGAGCUACGCGUAUCACAUAUGUCACAGUGGAUGAGCCAUUUUUUAUAAGCGACGAUGAUCGUCUCCAACUUGACCCUGCCGUCCCAGUCCUCGAUUUCGGAGCAGAGGAUGUACGCCGUUCACGACGAUUCCUUUCAGCCCUCGGCCUCGAGAAACGUUUUGUCUCGGGCCAGAUCGUGGAAAAGACACUUACAGUCAGUGGUGCUGAGGAAUCAGCAGAGCUUACAGAGGAACUGCGACAGAAGGCGGAGUCGCUCUUCCGUUGCACAUUACAAUACGGUAGCCCAAGGUCUCUGCAUCCCGAGGAUACAAUCCGCAAGCUGUUUUCUCAUGCUACGGUGUAUACUGCAACAGGGUUUCGGCGGUACUUUGGCAUGAACGAUGGGUUAAUGACGGAAGUUGGGCAUGAAGGACGCCUACACUUUGAGGAAGUCGGGGGUGCAUUUCGACUAUAUGUUCCCAGGGAUAGGAAGCAACGUUCUAUCUGCUACGCAACAGAGCUGCCUGAAGCACUGGUACGCUGCCUUCAAAUUGACGACAAAGCUGCAUGUGGGAUGUUUGCUACUGUCCUUCGUCAUCCUGCCGAUACCUUGGACGCUAUCCUUGACGAGAAGGGCAUCAUUCGCCCGAGUGCACAGUUGGAGCCCAUUUCACUCAAAGCGAGUGAUGAAUACAUCAGGAUGCAGAAUGACAGGCUGCCGUAUUUGGAGGCGUUGGAAAAGAAAUACAACUUUCAGCAUUCGGAUAUUGGCGCAGUCAAUGAGACGAGUGUCCUUUCCGAAUAUCUCAAGUUCAAACGCGCCGACCGGACUCUAUCAAUCAUCGAAGCUGCCCUGAAAGCUGCGGCAGAAACAGUGGAAUCUGAUCAGAUGACUUUGUUGCUUGAUUACUUGAGAGUACAAGGUCAGGCAAUUACGAUUUCGGAAGCGGUGCUGGAGGCUGCAGCACGGAAUGAAAUUUGUGGUCAAGAUAAUCUGGCCCUCCUGCUUCGAUAUUCUCAAUCCUGCGGGCGCUUUGUUGAUAUCACGGCAUCAACUCUCCAAGUCGCAGCACGGAAUGAGCCACAGGGCUUGAAGAUUAUGAGGCUCUUGCUCGAGUACGCGGAUGAUCGAAGCAAAGAAGUGAACAUCAAUGCCGCAGUCUUGAAAGCAGCAGUCGAGAACACCGAGUCUGGUGACGAUCUGCUGGCGCUUAUCCUUGAACAUCAAGAUACUGUCCCAAUCACACAGGAGAUUGUGAUUGCGGCUGCAGAAAACCUGCAACUAGGGCACGAGAUAGUGAACCUUUUAUUGAUCUACGACGGGGCCAUAUCGACGACGCCAGCUCUUCUUGAAGCAGCGGCUGGAAAUCCUCGUCACGGCCUGCGGUUGAUAACUCUUCUGCUCCGUGAUGGCCGGAAGAUUGUGGCUACUGAAGAUCUCAUCAUAUCAGCGGUGUACAACGACGACUUUGGCGUGGAGAUUCUGACCUUCCUGCAAGACCAUAACAUAGGUCCACUUCUCGUCAGCGAAAAAGUCCUGCUAGCAACAGUGGAGAGCGAGAACAGCCCAGAGCUCAUCGACCUGUUUAUGCGGAUUCACGGCGGAAACCUUCCGAUCACUGACGCUGUUUUGGAAGCUGCAGCGAGCAGCCCAGAAUGCGAUGACGAGUAUUUUGCGCGUCUGCUGGAACUCUCUGACUCGGAUAUCCAGUUCACAGAGGAGAUCAUGAUCCGUGCUGUUCAUGACUCAGAAAAGAUCUCGCUCAUGGUAGACACUGGAGCACGUAUCACGGAAAAGGUGCUCAUAGCCGCAGCUGGUAAAGUGGAGUGGUGCCUGGAGAGAUCUUUACUAGAUGGGUUGCAGGACCAGUCUAUCCUGAUCACCGACGCUGUCCUUGAGGCGGCUGCCGGGAAUCCAGUGCACGGGCUCGAAGCGAUGACUUUGUUGCUUGAUUAUUGGGGGCAAGACAUUCGUAUCUCCGAAAGGGUCCUCUUGGCUGCAGCGGCAAACCCUGAUGGCCCCAAUAUCAUUUACUUGCUAUUUGAUCGCGAUCCUGAUCUCGAGGUCACUGAAGCAGUGAUGAUAGCAGCCACCGGCGCGGGUAUCAACAUGUUGGAGGAGCUUCUCAAACGCUGGCCUGCAGGGCUUCCCUUUGGCAUUACGGAGGCUCUCCUGGACGCCAUAGCAGGCAGCUGGCACUGUGGUGCAAGGGCGCUUCGACUUCUGCUUGAAAUCGGGGUUGAGGACGACAUCUUUCCGGUUACAAACGGCACUCUUAUCAAGGCGGCGUGCAAUACGCACUGCGGGUAUGAGGUGACGGCUCUCCUGCUUGACCAUGGAGGCGAGGACGUUGAGGCCAUGAUCACAGAAGACGUUCUUAUCGCAGCGGUGGGCAACUCAUUGUGGGGCUUGGAGAUACUGGCUCUCCUUCUCGACCGAGGCAACAUUGACACUUUCUCUAUGAACGUGCUGACUGCCGCCGAGAGAAAUGUGUGGUGUGGUGAAGAAAUGAUGGCUAUGCUCCUGCGGCACCAGGUCGGUGAGGAUGGCGAAGUACGCUUGGAUGGGGAGUUCUGUGAAGGAGCGGAUGUGUCGGAUGAUUCUUCUGAAGGCACCGAAGUGCCGGUGAGCGCCUACUCGUCCGAUGUUUAUGAUACUGCUGGAUCUGACUAG